AUGGCUGAAUUGAUUGUUCCAAAGAUAAUUGAUCAAUUGAGUGAUGUUCUCGUGAAGCAGUUUGGGGAGAAAGUCAACCUGGUGAUGGGGGUUGAAGAGGAGGUUGCAAAUAUCUCCUCUAAGUUGGCAACCAUUGAAAAAGUGCUGCAUGAUGCAGAGAGACGAAGGCUGAAGGAGGAACCUGUGGGAAUUUGGCUCGAAAAGCUGGAAGACAUAACAUAUGAGAUGGACAAUGUGCUGGACGAAUGGAACUUCAAGAUUCACAGAGCAAAGAAUGAGGGAACUCAUCAGAAUGCCAGAAUUCAGCCAACAUUGUGGAUCAAGGUUCGUUCCCUCAUCCCAUCCCUUUGUUCUUGUCUCAAACAAGUUCCUGUGCGUAGUGAUAUAGCCCAGAAAAUAAAGAAAAUAAAUGAACAGCUAGAAUUAACUUUGAAAGAGGCAGAUCAAUUCAAGUUUAUUUCAAGUGGGGGGAUCCCUGAUUCUCAAGAUUUUAAGCGAAUUAUGACUACCUCAAUCAUCGACGAAUCAGAGAUAUAUGGUCGAGAAGCUGAUAAGAAUGCUUUACUUGACCAAGUUUUGUCGAAGAGUAGUAGUCAAGGAAGAAAGGGGGUUCAAGUUAUCUCUAUAGUAGGGGUCGGGGGUAGUGGAAAGACCACACUUGCCCAGCUACUUUUCAAUAAUGAUAAAGUGAAGAAUCACUUUGAACUUAGAAAUUGGAUCUGUGUAUCAGAUCCUUUUGACCAGAAAAGGAUUGCGAAAGCUAUCCUUGAGAAUGCUGGAAAAAGUUCUCAAGAAUCAGAGUUGGAUCCUUUGAUCCAACGUAUAAAAGAAACUUUUUCCGGCAAGAGAUUCCUGCUUGUCCUAGAUGAUGUUUGGACAGAGGAAGAUUCAAAGUUGAAACCUUUCAAAGACUCUCUUAAGGAUGGGGCUUCCGGAAGUGUAAUCUUGGUGACAACCAGGAGUCAAAGAGUGGCCAGAGUGAUGGGAUCGACUGAUACUCACCGCUUGAGCCUGAUCUCUGACUCCGAUUGUUGGCUAAUAAUGCAAAGGAUAGCAUUUGAUGGAAGAUCAAAGGAUAGCAUUUGGGGGUGUAAGAAAGUGGAAAGCAUUGGGGAAAAAAUUGCGAAAAAGUGCAAGGGCUUGCCACUUGCUGCAAAGACCAUGGGAAGCCUGUUACGGUUCAAAGAUACCGUACAGCAGUGGCAGAAUAUUUUGGAUAGUGAGAUAUGGCAAUUGGAGGAAGCAACUAUGGAACUUUUCCCUCUUUUGUAUUUAAGCUAUAACGAGUUGUCCCCGGAGCUGAAACAUUGCUUCUCCUAUUGUGCUGUCUUUCCCAAAGAUCAUUCGAUAUUUGUAGAAGAGCUUAUUGGGAUGUGGAUAGCAGAAGGUUAUGUUCGCCCAAGGCGAAGAGGUGAGCGCUUGGAACUGGUGGGCCAUGAGUACUUCGACAAUUUGGCAAUGCGUUCCUUUUUUCAAGAAUUACGAAAAGUUGAGUUCUUUCUAGUUCAUGAUUUUACAUUGUGCAAGAUGCAUGACAUAGUACAUGAUUUUGCACAAUUUCUCAGAAAAAAUGAAUUAUGUCAUGUACUUGAUGGAAUUGAUUAUGAACAAGGCAUUGGAAGAAAUUCAUCUAGUGAAAGAGCACGUCAUCUAACGUGGCUUGGCACUGAGAGGAUGUUUAGUUCUCUAGUUGUUGAUUUUGGAAGGCUCAGGAGCUUUUUUGCUCUUCCACGUGGAAGAGUAGUGCCCCAAGAUUUGUUCUGCAGUUUGAAGUGCGUGAGGACCCUGGCUUUAUGUGAUUGUGAGAUAGUUGAAAUCCCAGCCGAGAUCGGAAGUUUGAUUCAUCUUCGGCACUUGGACUUAAGUUGGAAUCCUUUUGUGACACUGCCAGAAGCUAUAUGUGAUCUAUAUUAUUUGGAAACUUUUGACAUCACUAUGUGUAGAAAGCUUUCAUGCCUUUCUCAAAGGAUUGAAGGCCUUGUACACUUGAGUUCAUCGCCAGGGGCAACUCUGAUGAUUUGGCAAUUUUGA